CAGCCACGCGCGCCGGCGACCAAACAAAGCCAGCUAGGCACCGGCAAGGGAGCGGACGGAGCAAGCGCGCGGCCGAUCGAUCGAGCUUCAGCUUCAGCUCCAGCAAGAUGGUGAACUUCAUCGAGGCGCAGAAGCCGGUGCUGUCACGGUUGAUGAAGAUGGCCGGGCUCCGCCCCAUUGAGAUGGAGCUGGAGCCGGGCACGACCAUGCACGUGUGGGCGCCCAAGCACCACGUGGGCAAGAAGGGCACCACCAUCAGCCCGCUCGAGCCUACCGCCGCCAAGAAGAAGAAGAAGAAUAGGAAGAGCCCCGAGUCGAGGCCCAACGUGGUGCUCAUCCACGGCUUCGCCGCCGAGGGCAACGUGACGUGGCAGUUCAACUUCGGCGUGCUGGUGUCGCGCUACAACCUGUACAUCCCGGACCUGAUGUUCUUCGGCAAGUCGUCGACGUCGAGCGCGGACCGGUCCCCGGACUUCCAGGCCGAGUGCGUGGCCGGGGCGCUGGCGCGGCUGGGCGUGGCGCGGUGCGACGUGGUCGGGUUCAGCUACGGGGGCAUGGUGGCGUUCAAGCUGGCCGAGGCGCGGCCGGGGCUGGUGCGGUCGCUGUGCGUGUCCGGGUCCGUGGUGGCCAUGACGGACGCGGUGAACAGGGAGACCAUGGAGCGGCUGGGGGCCGGGUCGUCCGCCGAGCUGCUCAUGCCCGACACGCUCAAGGGGCUCAAGGCGCUCCUCUCCGUCUCCAUGUACAGGAAGAUGUGGUUCCCCGACAGGUUCUACAAGGACUACCUCAAGGUGAUGUUCACCAACAGGAAGGAGAGGAUGGAGCUGUUGCAGGGGCUGAUAACCAGCAACACGGACGCCAAGAUCCCUGUAUUCCAACAGAAAAUAAUGCUGCUGUGGGGCGAGGAGGACAAGAUCUUCGACAUCGAGCUCGCCAGGAAGAUGAAAGAGCAGCUGGGCGACAACUGCUUCCUGUACGGCAUCCGCAAGGCCGGCCACCUGCUCCACGUCGAGCGGCCGUGCGCCUACAACCGCCAGCUCCAGAGGUGGUUCGCCUACGUCAACUCCACAGAAGACCACGUCCAGGCCAGAUGAUCGACGCGCCCGCCCCGCUCCUGCUGCCGCUGAUGCAUGCUGCUACACGGAGAUCACAUGCAUACAUAUAUACACGUCCCGUCUCAGUUGAUAUUAAUUACCUGUGCAUUGUUGUUGUUCGUUAUUGAUGUUGUUAUUAGCUGUUGCUCCCAAGAAAGAAGACGCUGGCAGGGCAGCCAACACACUGUAUGUAUGUAGUGUGUUGCGCUGGCCACGGUUUCAGUACGUGUACUCUCGAUCAAGUGUAGACCGACCUCGGUCGUACGUGUCGCCUCAUUCGUUUUGGAUCAAUUCUUUGUGAUUCUUAUAAGUCAGCAAUACAAUACACGCAGUAUAAUGAA